AAUUCCAACAACCACAAGAGGAAGGGGAAUAAGGAAUAUAUCCGUUUAAGAUUACCAGAUUCAUCAAUAACACGCUUUUGGAGAGCACCGACUUCCCACCCUUCACGCACAACCGGUUUCCAUUCAUAAUGUGCCUCAGCGGCAUUUCGCCGAGCGUGAUGCGAUCCCCUCCAUUCUUCCGGUGGCCUUUUUUGCUCGGUCGCACCCGUUUGAUCCCCACCAUAACCCGGGUUGCCUUUGUCACCGGAAUUGAGCCCUCGCCCGCCCGCCACCACCGGGUUAACGGUGCUCUCCCUGGCGUAGCUGUCCGGUUACACGGCGUAGGUGCAGCGUCGUCGCUGCAGGACCAGGCCGUGAGACCCCAGCGUGGCGCUCCCUCGGAAUUGCCAGACGGCGAAGGCGAAGCGAAGACCAGGCUUCGCGGGUCCACCGGGAAGUUGUCGACGAAGAUGACGGCGCGGGAUAGGAAUCGCGUCGGAGAAAAGAAGCGGCGAGACCAAAAGCAAGAAAAGGGGGUCGUCGUGGCGGAAGGCGGCGAUGGCAGCGGGGGAUCUGGACUUACCGCUCACGGGAGCUUCCCAUCGGCAGAGUUCGUCGAUCUGGACCGUUCGAUGGACCGCUCCAGAUUGAGUUGAGGUACCAGGAUUCUAGUGGAUGAAUCGCUGUUGUUGGUGGGGGCCCAUCUGAUCUCUUAUUCCCUCUCCGGUCUUCUCUCCUUUCCUCUCCACAACAUCAUCCACGGGAAGAAAGACAGAGGAAGCAAUGGCAGUAUGUAUAUCGAGCAAGUCAAUGACUCUCCACCAUUGGUUGCACAAGUGUUCCUCUUCGGUCGGUUCAGUAUCGGCAGCUGUAGCAGUAGCUGUUGCAUGGAAGAAGGGGAAGAUGAAGAAGCUAUGCUUACUUCCCGUGAAUUGCACCCCCUUGGAGCAAAACCCCAAAACCGAACAAGAACAUAUGACAGAGGAGGAGGAAGAGGAAUUCAGAAUUCUGUGUGAACCCUGCAAUGGCAGAGGAUGGCUGCUUUGUGACUUCUGUAAAGGCAAGAAGAACAAUGUGAAGGCUGAAAACAAUCGAAUCUACCGCCGUUGCCCAACAUGCAAAGCUGUAAGACCUAUGACCUUUUGUCUUCUUGCAGGUUGGUUAUGUUUUGUGCUCAAAAUGCAAAGUCUUCAAGUGUAUCACCUUCCCAGAUUAUUCUGAUGGCGAGCUGACUCCCUAAGUCUAAUAUAACUCGACUCCAGUUAUAUAUUCUUUUCUUUUCUUUUUCUUUCCUGAGAUUGGUUUCCCUUUCAACAUGGAAACCAGAUAUAGCAGGAGUAGAUUGAUGUGCUUUCAUCAAUAUCCAUGAGGCAUUUCUUAAUCUAUAAUCCUUCUUGCUUAAAAUGAAGGCGAUCGUACUGCAAGACUACUCAUGUUGAAAUCAGGAGGAGGCGGUUCUAACAUUGCUGGUGAGUAUUGAGAAAUUGCUCUUCACUUUUUGUGUCAGUUGUUUUCAAUGAUCAGUUGCCACCAUCGUAGCCUUUGGUGGAACCUUUGAUCCACCAUGUGGAUCCCAUUCUAUAGUUGAUGUACUACAGCUUAAUUUUCAUAUCAUUGCAAAGCAAAAUUUUCAAUGAAGCAUUUCGAGAA